AUGCUCCGAGGAGCGCCAGGACUAGACCUCAGGGGCCUGAAGGGGGCCGAGGGCUCAGCGGAGGACUUGGGGAGCUCUUGCCUGGAUGUCGGGAGGGAGUGUGGGGUGCUGCGGGAGAACGGCGGCACCCGAGGCGUGGCCGAGGCGGAGGAGCCGGUGGGCAGGAAGCGCGCCCGGCCGGUGCGCUCCAAGGCGCGGCGCAUGGCUGCCAACGUGCGGGAGCGCAAGCGCAUCCUGGACUACAAUGAGGCUUUCAACGCGCUGCGCCGGGCACUGCGGCACGACCUUGGCGGCAAGAGGCUCUCUAAGAUCGCCACGCUGCGCAGGGCCAUCCACCGCAUCACCGCGCUCUCCCUCGUCCUGCGCGCCAGCCCCGCGCCCCGCUGGCCCUGCGGCCACUUGGAGUGCCAUGGGCAGGCCGCGCGCGGCGGGGGCGCCAGGGACGCGGGCUGCAGCCCUCCGCGGCCCGAGCCGGCGUCCGCAGGGUCCAGCCUCGCGCGUCGGGACGCUGCCGGCCCCUGCAUGCCACCCGCGCCGCGCUGCGCCUCGUGCUCCCAGCACACGGACCUGGGACGGCCCAGGCCACCGGUGGCCGAGGCGCCGAGCUUGACCCAGGCCUCCGGGGGAAGCUGGCGCCGAUGUCCAGGGGCUCCCUCUGCUGGGCCGCUUCCCUGGCCGCGAGGCUACCUGUGA